CGUACGUUUGAUAUGGGAGACGCCAUAUUGAUUUUUUCUUAAAAGUGAUGUGUCAUUGUAUAUGCAAGUCCGUCUAAAUAAGCCUUUAAACGAUUUUGUUCUUUUUUUCCAACCAUUACAAACGACCAUAGCUUUCUGUUGUUCUUUUACAUAUGAGUACCAUUCGUGAAGGCUGAAUUUCCCUAACAACUAACCAAUAAUAGCGCACAUAUACUCAUUAAUGACAUUCCAAUCUUUAUAUUUCGGAUAUUGCACGGAGAAAAGCGUCAUCAAAUUUCUAUACGAAGCAUUUUUUGAUUCUUCAGUUUCUCUUGACGUCAUAAAAACUGAAACUAAAGAGCAGUUCAGAUUAUUCCGACGAUCGAGCAGCGACUUUUCAUCGAGAUGUGAACUUUUACGUACUCAUGUCCGUACCUUCUGAACGAAUCAUCUACGAGACCAGCGAUAAUUGGAAGCGAGGCAAGUAACAAAAGCUGCCUUUCUGCUUUCGUGGAUAAGGAGGUCGCUCAGGAUAUUUCUGAAGGCAUUGAAUUAUAGAUUUGGUUGGCGGUAGCACUUAUUCAAUUUCGAACGAUACCAUGGAGAUGGAGGUCAUCUGUAUUUCUUCUGAUGACGAGUUGGACUUGCAAAAGGAAAACAAAACGGAUAAAUCUCAGAUCAAUUCUAUAGAAACUGAGAACAAAGUUUGCAAUUCUCCAAAAAUUGAAAUUUUAAACAGCGAUAAUGAACAAGUUGAAGAAAAUCAUCUAAAGCGAAAAAUAGAACAUGUAAACAAGGAAGAGAUAAUUUGUAAUACAGAGAAAAGAAAAAAAAUGAAUAAUAAUCAAGGCACAUCUAAGGUGACAAAAAAAGUUGACCUAUAUCCUGUACCCGAAAUACGUCUUGUUAAAUCUGAUUAUUAUGUCCAACCAAACAAAAACCAAGAAAUAAAUGAAAAGAUGCAAUUAAUUGUAAAGAAGAAGAAAAAAAUAUCGUAUGUUGCGCAGGAUGUCUUUCCUCUGUUUAUAAGUUUAUGUCUACAAAAAUGUCCAAAAAGUGAUAAAAUAGCGAUGGAUAAAAUUAUCAGCAAGUUAAAAACACGUUAUGAAAACUUGGAUCAAACUUAUAUUGUAUCAGAAAAUUUUAUCACGUUUUUAAACGAAAAACGCGAAGCUAUUAAGAAUGACAACAAAAAAAUAUAUGUGCAUAUAGAGGAAGUGAUGAAUGAGAUGAAGAAAAACAUUAGAAAAAAGUCCAAAGUAUCGCAAAAUGAUGAAAUUUAUGAUGCAGUUCCUUCCACUUCCUAUGCUACAAAGAAUGUACCAGUUAAUAAUGUGGUAAAAUCGAAUAAUAAUGAUGAUAGUGACGAUAGCGAUAACGAAAGGAAGGCGCGACAAAUUAAGAAACUAUUGCGCACUAUGGAAAAAUGUGAGGCAGUUAUUAAAGAAUUGGAAGAAGAGGAAGUUGAUUUUGAUCAGGAAGAAGAUAGUAAUUAUAUGAAAGUCGAAACCUAUAAACGGAGAAUGGUAAAGUUGUACAAUAAAUUGUGCGAGCUAACAGGAGAAAAUGUUGACGCAGGACGUGCAUAUUUACGUCCUAAACAUUUAAACGUAACUCAAAUUGUUGCUGUAGAUCAAGCAAUAACGAAUUUUAUUAAUUCUAAAAUUAUUAAACGAAAUCAACUUUUUAAACGAAAUCUAAAGGAAAAAAAGGAAAGAACUCUUACAGAUGAUUUAAUAUUCCCUGAUUACAAUGAUAUCUUGAAAUGUGUUAAAGACACCAAUGAUAGAGUAAACCUACAAUUGGAUAAAGAAAUGCAAAGAAACAUUGCAGAGAAAGCUUUCAAGGAAAUUGGGGAACACUUGCAACGCACAAGGCGCAACGAUUAUUGGGAUACCUUUUCUUUAUUUCUUGAAAAUAAAGAAGAUCCAGCUACAAAAGAUAGAAAUUUAGCGAAAAAACUAGCUGACAAUCGUAUUGAGGGUAACAAACGAUUAGCUGCCGUAUUUGACAAAUAUGAACAGAAAGAAAUAAAAUUAGGAGAACAAAUGGAUGAAGGAACAAUUUCAGAGGAGGAAGAAGAUGAGGAUGAAGACGAAGAGGAGGAAACAGAUACUACAAAUAAUGAAGAUAAGAUUGAUCACUUAUUUGUAACAAAACAGAAGACUAAUAAUGAAGAUAAUAAAAAAAGUAUAAAUAAAACAGUUAAUAUAAUAUCUAUAAAAAAUAAACCUGUAAAUAUGGUAAAUACGUGUCAUUCUAUGGAUAAAGCUAUUUUAAAUAAGACUGUAGCAGAUACCGCACAAAAGAAAUGUGAAACGGUUGAAAUAAACGUUUUUAUGGAAAAGAAGAAUACGGCAGUAGCAAUGAAUGAGAAUAAGACAAUUAGCAAGAAGAUGAUACCAUGUAAUAGUAAUAUUAUCUUAAAAAACGUUGUGAAGAAUGUGAUCGCCAAGACGCCGGAGGACUCGCUAUCAGUGACGUCUACAACAAACUGCACAAAGGAUCUACCAGAGGUGAAAACAAAAGAGGUAUCCACAGUAAUAACAGAUCCUGCAAUAAAGAGGACAACAAAGGAUGUAGCAGACACAGUAAUAUCUAAACUGGUAACGAAACAUACACCACAGCUGACAACAAGGGAUACAGCGGAGCUAACAGGAGAUACAACAGAGACAGUAAUGAAAAAUACAGCAGAAGAAGUAACAGAUGAAACAGAGAUAAUAACCGAGAGUGUGAUAGACGGAGCAAUCGAGAAUAUGCCAAAUGAUGAGCAGCCAGAAGGAGAAAAGAAGCCUCUAUUGCGAUUGCGUUCAUUUGCUAAACCACCCAUGACGUGGGAGGACAAUCAGCAUAAAACGGAUAAGACCGCCCAAGAAAAUACGCCAAAGGUAUCAAACCAAAUUAAAGAAGUGGUUGAUUUAACUAAUGAAGGAACAACCAAACCAUCACUUACUGGUAUUUUACAGUCUGGAAAAGUUAUUCCCGUAAUGAACAAAGGUCCCGUAGUAAAACAACAAACAGUGGUUAUACCGGCAAGUAGAAAUAUAAUCAGUGUUCAAAAUAUUACCAAUAAUUACUUGAAGAUAAAUCCGCGAACUGGACAAAUUAUAGCACCUGUACGAAAUCCAAAUACCACGAUAAUCCAAAUACCAAACGGAUCCAUUUCGAAUACCAGUCAACAAAUUAAAGCGCAAAAUUCUAAUGCCGUUACAAAUACCAUUAUUGUAAGAAAUGACUCUUUAAAAAGAAACGUAUACCAAAAAGUCCUUUUAAAUCCUAAAAAUGUGAUUGCUAUAUGUAAGAAACAGAUAGUGCAAUCUGUCUUUAAGCAAGCGGAUGUGAUGCCAUCGUCUACGUCAAAAUCCAAAUGACUCAAACAUAUAGCAAGGGCCAUCCUUUUAGAUCAUUGUUAUAUAAAAAGCAAUAUUAAUAUCUAAUUAUUCGACCAGGCGAUCAAUUUUGAUGUUAAAUAUAUUCAUAUUAUUGUCUAUAUAUUUCUUGUUUAUAAGCCAAAUAUAUAAAGAGACACAUUAAUAUAAUUAUUAAUAAAUUUUUUAGCGAAUUCGAAAUGUAUUUUAUAAUGAAUACAUAGUGCCUUAUAACAAA